UGACAGGCUCGCGCAUCCCCGCGUCGACGUCGGGGUAAAACGAUCGCGUCCGACGGACGGCGCCGCGACGCCGUGGUGCCGCGGAAGUGUGCUCGCGCGCGGGUGUGCCGUUGUUCUGUGUACGCGACCGUGUAUCCGUCGUGGAUCCUGUGGCGAAAGACGACGGAGCCCGCUCCCGCGUCCCGACGACGGUUGGCGCUUGGCGCUUGGCGGUUCGAACAUGACAUCGGUGCACGAUGUCGGCGGAGCUGCGCGGAGGAGGACGCCAAUAGUCCGGCGGAGCACCAUUCAUCCUUGGCUAAGACGUAGGAUGGCCGCGGAUUUGACGAUACGUUGAUGAGAAAUAGUACAUCCGAAACCCAUCAUGUUUUUCUUAGAAACGACGCCUGCUUCCGCCGGAGAUCCGAGGGAAGAAUCAUCGUUCGAUCCCGAGACGAGUUUACCCCUUACGGCUCUUGCUGUAGAAGAUGCGAUUUAUAGAGGAGAAGGAAACGCCAAUGUCGUUAUCGCGCUGCCACACGAGCACACGGUAAUACGAUUCCGGAAGUCGUUACCGGGCGAGGUUUCACCGGAUGGCGGCAGAACACGCGUGCAGCGGGAGGUGGGGUACGCCAGGAACGUGGUUUCCUGUUUUUUGGGCUCUUACGUGCAGAUCCCCGAAAUUGUUCGUUAUGACGCGGCCGAUAUAGCCAAAUUGUCGGACGCCGUCCGCCCUCUCCGACCAGAGGAACGACGGCAUAAGGAAAUCACGGACACAUACGCCACAAAGUUUCCAGAUUAUACGUUUUUGGAUUUGCACUUGGAAUUCGAUCAAACCGUCUUCCGAAGCCGUUCGACUUUCUGCGUGGAGAUAAAGCCGAAGCAGGGAUACUUACCAAAGGCGGAGCAGAGGUUUCCUGGAUGUCCGUAUUGUCUCAAUCAGUACGCCAAGCUGCGGAGGAAGAGCAUCACCGCUCGCAGUAAUUAUUGCCCGUUUGAUCUGUUCUCCGGGGUGGAGACGCGUAUGAAAGCUGCAAUAGAAGAACUUUUGAAAGCACCGCAGAACAACUUGAAAAUCUUCAAAGAUGGCUUCGUCGUCUACGAUCAGACGUCCUCGCCAAAUGAUCUAGAGAACGUGCUGGACGAGUGGUUUCGGAGUGAAGCAACGGAGAGCGGCGGACAAGCUCGCCGCGUCGACGAGUUCUGCACGUUGGUUUGUGCCGUCCUUACGCGACCUAUCGCCCAAGAGCAGCUGAAACUGCCGCCCAUCUCCCUUUCACGUAAUUUUCUCUUUCUCGCGAAUCAUGUUUCAACGACAUUUUGCGCCGCACCAGGCGCGGUCGCGAGAGCCGAAUGGUGCCUUCGUCUCGCGGAAAAGAAAUGCACGUUUGAUGGCAGCGACUUGCCGAAGAACUCGGUGCUGGAGCGAAUGUGGAAUAUGCAGCGCGUGUCUUACGUUAAUACUACGUACAUUCACAGCAUUUAUUCCAAGCUCGCACCGGUACUAAAUGACGAUAUGAUAUACUCUGGCUUGACAAAAUUAAAUAAAACUUGUAAUAUUUUUCACGCUUUACUUGAUCAACCUACGAAUGCAGUCCAGAAAAUGGAGACCAUGAAAGAAAUAGACUUUCAAACGCUUCUUAAGAGCACACGUGCACAAGAACAUGAUGACGAUUUUAAUGGAAAUAGUAAUGCCAGAUCAGAAUGUAUCUUAUCUGCCGACAGAACGUUUGUAAACGGCGGUCUUGUAUCGCAAACAGAACGUAGUUCCAACCUAGAUUCGCGCCAACCAUUUUAUGGAAACGAGAGUCAUCCGUAUGAUCAAAGAACUAGCAACGAUGACGACGAGCGAAAGGCAAAUAUGCAGAUUACCGCCGAACAUUUGUCAGCGUUACAAAUGUACCUUUUAUUUGUCACGGCCAGAGAUUGUUCGAUAUUAAUGACCUUUCGCGAACUGCAUCCGAAUAAUGCAUCAAGAAUGCCUGUGGAAAAUACGAUAAAACUUUCGGAGCAACAUUAUUUUUUAAGCAGUGUCAGAGUCUCGGAUUUGGACCCGAAAAGCGUUCAUUCCAUCGAAAAGCAUCGACAACGAGACGUGGAUAUUUUUGAUUCUGUAAUUUCUUUAUUGGAAGAAGAUAUUCUUUUUACAAAUAGAUAAUUAUCUGAAAGAGAAAAGCGAAGCUAGUAGAUAUAGUAUUUAAUAUAUACAUUAAAGAAUCUAUUUAGAAUAGAGGAAGUGUGUGCACUUACGUAAAUAGACAAAGAUAAGAGAAUUAAAAAAAAAGAGACGUCUUCAAACGUGCCUGAUUAUCCGAGUAUCUUAUGAUAGUAUAUUGAUACAUGUGAUACGGGUGAUUGUUGUGAUAUAUUAGUUUAAACAGUAAAAGGUGAAUGUUUUAGUUAUCUUUAUUUCAUAUAUGACAUUAUUAUAUUUGUGUCUUUCAACGUUGAUUGUAUAAACAUGUUGUGUUCGUACUUAAUAAAUAUCUAUAUGAAAAAUAA